CCACAAACUAAAUCUCAAACUGCGGUUUGAACAUGAGGCUCAAAACAUAAGUAAAGAAAUGGGCAAAAUUCAAUUAGUUUCUGGUGAAACGUCCUAAAUCCAAAAGAAAGGUGACCAGAAAUAGAGAAAACGGAGUGUGAUCUUUUGCAUUAAUGAGAGAGACCGUGUCCCCGUGUGUUAGAACCUGUCAUUCUUGUCCUGAAUUGGAAAGUGAGCGGAGUGUGACGGGUUCCCAUCUUGAACCGUCCGGGGUUGAGUAGUACAAGAAACUAACACGGAACUCCAGCUUCCAAAAUUCUCUCCAGUGCCUACAGAGCCUCGCGGAGAGCUGUGAUUGUGAAUGUCAACGCAGAUUUGAUUAAAUCUCUUAGAUUUAAGAGAUAAUGUGGAGUCAUGACAAUAGAAAUGUGUACAAGUGAACACAUUUCUUAGCCCGUUUCCCCACAGCCUGUGUGAUUUAUAAAAACGCAAAUAUAAAAUAUUUCCGUUCCAGCAGAGACGCCGCUUGCUACGGCCGGUUGCCCCUCUCCACAGGUAUCUCCGGCUGACGCUAGAGCUCAACUUCCCCUUUAAACUUCACCCUGCGCUUGCCGAUUUGCUUCGGGAAUGCCCGAGGCACCGAACGAAGCAGUCGGGUCUGGCCCCAGUCGACUCUCGCCAGGCGGGGCUCCAAGUCGUCCGGCACGCCCGGCCCGAAGCUAGCCCGACACCCUCAGCUGAGUCCUCCGCCGUCCCAGCAUUCCCUGCGUCCCUACCAUCAAGAGCAGCUUCCGGCGUGGCUGGUGUAGGCGGGUGGAGAAAGAUCGGGGCCCUCGCGGCUCUGUCUCAUUCCCUCGCGCUCUCUCGGGCAACAUGGCGGGUGUGGAGGAGGUAGCGGCCUCCGGGAGCCACCUGAAUGGCGACCUGGAUCCAGACGACAGGGAAGAAGGAGCUGCCUCUACGGCUGAGGAAGCAGCCAAGAAAAAAAGACGAAAGAAGAAGAAGAGCAAAGGGCCUUCUGCAGCAGGGGAACAGGAACCUGAUAAAGAAUCAGGAGCCUCAGUGGAUGAAGUAGCAAGACAGUUGGAAAGAUCAGCAUUGGAAGAUAAAGAAAGAGAUGAAGAUGAUGAAGAUGGAGAUGGCGAUGGAGAUGGAGCAGCUGGAAAGAAGAAGAAAAAGAAGAAGAAGAAGAGAGGACCAAAAGUUCAAACAGACCCUCCCUCAGUUCCAAUAUGUGACCUGUAUCCUAAUGGUGUAUUUCCCAAAGGACAAGAAUGCGAAUACCCACCCACACAAGAUGGGCGAACAGCUGCUUGGAGAACUACAAGUGAAGAAAAGAAAGCAUUAGAUCAGGCAAGUGAAGAGAUUUGGAAUGAUUUUCGAGAAGCUGCAGAAGCACAUCGACAAGUUAGAAAAUACGUAAUGAGCUGGAUCAAGCCUGGGAUGACAAUGAUAGAAAUCUGUGAAAAGUUGGAAGACUGUUCACGCAAGUUAAUAAAAGAGAAUGGAUUAAAUGCAGGCCUGGCAUUUCCUACUGGAUGUUCUCUCAAUAAUUGUGCUGCCCAUUAUACUCCCAAUGCCGGUGACACAACAGUAUUACAGUAUGAUGACAUCUGUAAAAUAGACUUUGGAACACAUAUAAGUGGUAGGAUUAUUGACUGUGCUUUUACUGUCACUUUUAAUCCCAAAUAUGAUACAUUAUUAAAAGCUGUAAAAGAUGCUACUAACACUGGAAUAAAGUGUGCUGGAAUUGAUGUUCGUCUGUGUGAUGUUGGUGAGGCCAUCCAAGAAGUUAUGGAGUCCUAUGAAGUUGAAAUAGAUGGGAAGACAUAUCAAGUGAAACCAAUCCGUAAUCUAAAUGGACAUUCAAUUGGGCAAUAUAGAAUACAUGCUGGAAAAACAGUGCCGAUUGUGAAAGGAGGGGAGGCAACAAGAAUGGAGGAAGGAGAAGUAUAUGCAAUUGAAACCUUUGGUAGUACAGGAAAAGGUGUUGUUCAUGAUGAUAUGGAAUGUUCACAUUACAUGAAAAAUUUUGAUGUUGGACAUGUGCCAAUAAGGCUUCCGAGAACAAAACACUUGUUAAAUGUCAUCAAUGAAAACUUUGGCACUCUUGCCUUCUGCCGCAGAUGGCUGGAUCGCUUGGGAGAAAGUAAAUACUUGAUGGCUCUGAAGAAUCUGUGUGACUUGGGCAUUGUAGAUCCAUAUCCACCAUUAUGUGACAUUAAAGGAUCAUAUACAGCACAAUUUGAACAUACCAUCCUGUUGCGUCCAACAUGUAAAGAAGUUGUCAGCAGAGGAGAUGACUAUUAAACUUAGUCCAAAGCCACCUCAACACCUUUAUUUUCUAAGCUUUGUUGGAAAACAUUAUACCAGAAUUAAUUUGCCACAUGUUGUCUGUUUUAACAGUGGACCCAUGUAAUACUUUUAUCCAUGUUUAAAAAAGAAGGAAUUUGGACAAAGGCAAACCAUCUAAUGUAAUUAACCAACGAAAAAGCUUUCAGGACUUUUAAAUGCUAACUGUUUUUCCCCUUCCUGUCUAGGAAAAUGCUGUAAAGCUCAAAUUAGUUAGGAAUGACUUAUACGUUUUGUUUUGAAUACCUAAGAGAUACUUUUUGGAUAUUUAUAUUGCCAUAUUCUUACUUGAAUGCUUUGAAUGACUACAUCCAGUUCUGCACCUAUACCCUCUGGUGUUGCUUUUUAACCUUCCUGGAAUCCAUUUUCUAAAAAAUAAAGACAUUUUCAGAUCUGA